AUGCAACUCCGCAAGGCCAGCUUCUUGUACUGGUACGGGAUGGGCAAGGGCACAGUGGUGGAGGAAGACGGGGUGGACUUGGCGCAGUUGGGCGACCAUGAGCUGCGACGGAUGAUCAAGAAGCGCCUCUCCUACCGGAGCCAGUGCUGGGCGCUGCUGGCCAAGAGUGCCAUCGCCCAGAAGCGAAACUACGGCACCAACACCUGCCAAAUUCUCACGCCCAUCAUCCUCAUGCUGAUCUUGUUCUUGCUGCAACAAUGGAUUUCCACACUGGUGGACAACGACAGCGUUGCCUAUCGGGACCCCAAGAACCAGGCGCCAUUCCUCAUGCCGGCCGAGGGCGACUACCGGCCAGCCUCGGCCGAGAUCCUUUACACGGACGCGGGCAUGGUCGGCGAGGUGGACAUCGGCCAGUUCGACCCCUACGGCGGCACAGGGUCGGGCCUACUCGGAGCCAUUGCCCUAACCAACCGCACCGUGUCCAUCAAGUUCCCCAAGUACGACGACUCAGAAAUAUUUCUGAAGGAUCUGGACCUCGUUCCGUCGGUACCGUACAACUACUCGAUCGUUCAGCAGAACAGCGUGGCCGAUAUCAACCGCAUCCUCUACGACGCAACCGGCAAGGGCGCGCGCUACACCACUGCGUACGUGUUCGACGAGGUGUCGGUGGACAACUCGGUGCUCGACUUCGGGGUCUACUACAAUUACACCAUCUCGCGAGGACGGGACAUCGUGGGUGCCAUGAGCCUCAUCACGCAGGCCUUCGCCUCGCUCCUCCCGUCUCCCCAAAUCGUGGCCAAUUUUCUGGGCAUAAAGAAACUGCCGCAGAAGGACGACUACAAUGACUUCGACAUUACGACUUUGGUGGGCGGUCUCUUCUUCGCGCUCAUCCUCCACCAGCUCCUGCCCGUGUUCCUCUCGAGCCUGGCCUACGAGAAGGAAAACAGAAUCAGGGAGAUGAUGAAGAUGAUGGGCCUUCGUAUGCCGAUCUACUGGCUGGUGAACUACUUUUGGUGCUAUCUCCUCUACUGCUUCGUGGCGGCGUUCCUCAUCAUCGCCGGCCUGGUGUUUCAAUUCCGUUUCUUCACGGUGAACAACUUUGGCGUCUACUUCAUCUUGUUCUUCAUCUGGGGCCACACCUUGGUGGCCAUGUCGUUCCUUAUUUCUGUCUUCUUCCAGAGAGAGCGCAGCGCAUCGACCUUUGGUUACUUCUACAUUCUGGGAAUCACCUUCGUCGCCGUGUUCACCAUCCAGACGCUCAUCAACGACGUCGGCGAGCCAGCACUCAAUGGUAUCUCUGUGGUGCCGUCAUUCGCUCUCGUGCGUGGCAUAUCGUGGCUCCUCAGUGAGGUCUCCUACAAUGGACCCGGACUCAAGGGCGGCGACAUCGACAAAGGCCCGGCUAACAUGGCGCACAUCUACGCCUUCCUGGUGGUCCAGUGGGCCGUCAUGCUGGUCCUCGCGCUCUACCUGGACCAGGUCUUCCCGGGCACCUACGGUCUGCCCAAGCACCCGCUCUUCUUCCUCGCGCCGCUCAAGCGCCUGCCCGGCGUGCGCCACCUGAUCGAACGCUGCGGCUGCUGCCACGGCAACCCCGAAGAAAACGACCUCGAGGACGGACACGAGCCCGAGGACGUCAAGGCCGAGAGCAGUCGUGCGCACUCCGACGAGAAUCUUCCCUUGAAGGUGCAGAGCCUGACCAAGGAGUACAAUGUCCCCUUCUGGGAAGCAGCGCCGUUUUCCUGGUGGCGCUACAUUCCUCGGCUGUGCGGGAAGGCGGUCAAAAAGAGAAAGCCCGAGCGUGCGCUCAAGGGCGCCAGCUUCGUCAUCGGCUCCAACGAGUGCGUGGGCUUCCUCGGCCCCAACGGAGCGGGCAAAACGACGACCAUGGGCAUCAUCUGCGGACUCAUCCAGCCCACCAGCGGCCAAGUGUGCAUGUACAACUUCGUGCUGCCGGGCGACGUCUCCUACAUCCACCUGCUCACCGGCGUGUGCCCGCAGCACGACAUCAUCUGGGGCAGUCUCACUGCAAGGGAGCACCUGCAAUUCUACGGCCGGCUCAAGGGCGUGCACGGCAAGGCGCUCAAGAAGGAGGUGCGUGAGGUGCUCGAGUCGCUCAACCUCUACAAGGUCCGAAACAAGCCCGUGCGCGCCUUCUCCGGCGGCAUGAAGCGUCGAUUGUCCGUCGGCAUGUCUCUCAUGGGCGACCCCAAGCUGAUCCUCCUGGACGAGCCCAGCACGGGACUGGAUCCGAAGUCCAAGCGCGCGCUGUGGUCGGCCAUCAGCGCCCGAAAGAAGCAAUCCGCACUCAUUCUCACCACCCACUCCAUGGAGGAAGCCGAGGCGCUCUGCAACCGCAUCGUGAUCAUGGCAGAGGGUCGUGUGCGCGCCGUCGGCACCUCGGCCGAGCUGAAGUCGCGGUUCGGCAAGGGCUUCAAGCUCACCAUUACCUGCGCCGACCACGACAACAAACCGCAGGCCAUCGCAUUCGUGAAGCAGCUGGUGCCCGGGGCCAAGGAGAUCAGCAACAUCAGCGGCACGGUGCUCUUCUACCUCCCGAAGAAGUCGGUGGUCCUCAGCCAGGUGUUCCGCAACAUCGACACCAACAAGAACAGCGUGGGCAUCACCGAUUGGGGCAUCAGCAACACCACUCUGGAGGAGGUCUUCCACAAGGUGGUAUCCGAUCGCCAUGUUCCCGGAACGGAGGGCGGCGAUGACGAUGAUGACGACACAAUGGACCACGAAGACAUUAGCCACGCCAGUAGCAGCAGCGGCAGUCGCGACGACUGA